AUGAUAACUAAAGUUGAGAUCUUGGGCUUGGUGCUGGGCUUGAUUGGCCUCGCGGGCACCGUUGUCAUCACAGGACUGCCUAACUGGAGGGUGACAGCCUACAUCGGGGCCAACCUCAUUGUCAUGGAGAAGUUGAUGGAAGGCCUGUGGAUGGACUGCUAUCGACAGGCCGACUUCCGAAUGCAGUGCAAAGUGUACGACUCACUACUGAUCCUACCACUGGAGCUGCAGGUCUCCCGAGCCCUAAUGUGCGUCUGUAUUUUCCUGUCCAUCACUGGCUCACUGGUGACAGGCUGUGGCAUGCGACGUACCGAUCGGUCUCAAGAGAACAAGCGGGGUAAGAACAUCACCAUUCUGCUGGGCGGCUGCCUGUUUCUGCUCUCCUGCAUUGUAACAAUAAUCCCUGUGUCCUGGGUAACUCACACCAUCAUCCAGAACUUUUAUAACCCGCUACUCCCCGAUUACCGGAAGCAGGAGCUGGGCGAAUGUCUCUUCGUUGGCUGGGCAAAUUCCGGUCUGUUUCUUGCUGCCGGGGUCAUCCUGAUUUGGUGCUUUGUACGGCAUGGGCAAGAGGAGGACCAGUACUACAGCCCAGAGGAGAUUGUGGACAUGAUGGAAAGAAAACCCUCUCAGAGUCAUUCCAAGAGUGAAUACGUCUGA